AUGGCAUUGGAAAAAGCAAUAUUUGGAAACGUUGAUUGGAACGAUGUAGAUACCGUGGCACCGACAUUCAUUUCUUUUGUAGAUAGUGUAGUUUCAAUGGAGUCUAUAAUGGAUCUUCCCUCAAAUGUAGCUUUUGAAAUUGUAGACAUAUUGAAAGAUAAAAUGUUAGGAAACAUAUAUGUAAAUGUAGCAGAGGCUCGUGGUAUUGGAUCUACAUUGUGGGGAUGGAUCACUUAUCCUUUCUCUUGGUGGAGUUCAAAUGAAGACGAUAAGCCAAUUACCGAACAACUUGUCGCAUCUACUACAUACGGACCAUACGACAACAUCGAGGUAGGCAAACACAAUGUGACCGUUUGGUGCAACGACCAAACUUGUACGACGAUGAAAUGUGACAAACACGGUUGUAGAAAUAAUACGUGCAACAUUUACGACACAAAUUUGAUUGGAGAAUGUCGAGAGUAUCAUACAGAUGUACAACCAGAAGAACCGAUAUCAUCGGUCUCGUCUACAGAGUCUGUUUUAAAACCAAUAGAUGAUAAUAAAAUCACUGAAGGUUUAACAAAUGAUGAGCACUCAACAAAAUCUCCAUAUACAAGUACAACUGAGACAGUAGAGGAAAGUACAAAAAAUCAAAACAUUGCAGAGAGACCUUUGCAGCUUGAAGUUGUGCUAUCGUCAAGCGUGACUGAGAAAGAAACUACAGUCUAUAGUAAUGACGAAGCUUCGGCUCUCAACAAACAGACUUAACCACAACUUUGCAACCACCGACCAAACUAUCUUUACUGGAAGAUAUAAAGCCGUUCAUGGCAUCUACAUUAGAAUAUUUCACCACAAAGCUUAUGAAUAAUUUGAUUAUGAGACUGAAUAUAGACUCGAUAUGUAUAGAUGGGAUUUGUUACUAUACAUUGUGUGAACACAUUAAUUGUAAAGUUAGAUAUUGCAAAUAUAGUUUAUUGAGUGAUGUGGAAGAGUGUACAUUUCAAAAGCCAUCACAACUUCCAUCUAAGCUGAAGUUGAAAAUUCAAAGCAAUAAAAUUUAUUUUAUGAGAGAAGAUAAUCUUAUAAGCGACAACAAUGAAGACAAUGAAAUUAAUUUUUUUAAUAGAGUUUUAAAUUAAUAACAAUUGUAAUGCAACAGAAAACAUUUUAUAAAUCUUUCCAAAUGUUAUUUAAUUGAACUUAAGAAUAAACAAUUACAAUACAAACAAUUAUGAAAAGGAAUUUAUACUUAUAAUUAAAACUCAUUUGGGAUUGAUUUGUUUUUGUUUGGGAAACAAGUUUAAAAUAAGUUAAUCUUCUAUAAGGCAAUAUAUCUAUAACACAGGCGAAUUUUGAUCCCCAAAUAAAUAAAUAUUCAAAUAUUUAUAAUAAAACUUAUUUGUGUUUGUGAUAAAAUUUUUAAUGUUGCGAAAGACAUUUCAGUGCUGUAAAAAUAUUUUUUAACUGGAAAGUGAAGGAUUGACCUAGUCUUUCAAAAACUAAUCCUGGGCCUCAUUCGGGCAUGAUUGUUUUAACUUAAUAUCAAAGAACAUAAUUUUUCCCGUCCCGUCUGGUCCGCGUGAAAUUUUUUCUAGUUAUAUUUUCUUUAGAUUUAAACAUUAAACAACACAACAAGCAGUUAAAUGCUUAUCAUGCUCAAAUGUGUUCUUAUAUUAGAGAGGAUAAAAAGUAGGCACUGUUGUCAAAUUUACUUUCAGAGAAUCGUAUGAAACUUAAGGCUCAGUAAAUCAAGAAGGUUUAGUUUAGAGUAUAAGAAGUAUUUUAUUAAUAAAUCUAAGGAGCUAAUACCAAACAGUGUAUACCGUUAAGUUCAAUACGUUUAAAUUAAACUUUGUAAUUGUAUAAAACUUGAUAAGCUGUCAAGAUACAGCAAAAGCAAUUUUCAUCUAAAAGUGACAAACCGCCAACUUCUUUGCAUAUUUUCAACUCACAAGAAUGUUUAAAUUUUAAUCAGACAUUUGUUUCAGUGGCCUUUACCUUAAUACCUUUGUGAAUCAUCUUCUUUGUAAAUGUUAAUCACCGUUUAAGAUAACUUCUGCUUAUGUGUAAGAUAUAAACUGCAGUUAGAUAACGAUGAGUGUGCCAGUUCUAUGACGACGAUGUUAAAUACAUUUAUUUAUUAGGGUUAAUCAUUGGUUUUUUGAAAAUGACGUAAAUAAAUAAAAUGUAUAACAAAUAAAAAUAACUCUUUUAAAUACAGGCAGUCCUUGACUUACGUCGUUUCAAGUUACGUCGAACAAUGUUUUGGCACUAUUCCUCAAGCAUACGUCAAUUGUUUCGAUUUCCGGCAUAGGAGAAUUCACUUGUCGCGAGGUCAAUAUCCGUGGGUCGGCGUUCGUGGGGAUGUCUCGACUUACGUCGUUUCGAUUAACGUCAUGUAUUUCGAGAACCUAAUAUGGCGUAAGUACAUGGACUGCCUGUUGUCCUAAAUUUUUCCGUACUUCAUCUAGUUCGCAAUUCACUGAAGGAGAGCAAAGCGGAUAGCUCACGAACACCGCGUGCGGAUGCAGACAGGCUGGCUCCGGAGUCGUAGUCCCCCGCACGAACUUGACGUCUUUUGCGCAAACAUGGGGUUAGUUUUACUUGAGUAUUAAAGGAAGGCGUAAUUUGUUUACGUUUUGAAAUUUGAUUUUGUUGUAUGUUAUUCUGAUUUUUAAAUACGCUAAUCUAGUGUAGUUUAAAUUAAAACUAACGAAAAAUCGAUUUGUUAUUCUAUAAACAAAUAAUAAGGCCUUUUAUGAUGAGGAUGAUGAACCUGUACAUAAAUUCGUAUGUAAAAUCUGUAAAUAACAGUAAAAUAUUACAAAUAUUUAAAUUACUUUAUAAUAAUGAACUUUAAGUGAUACCUGCAUUAUGUUAUUUAUCGUACAUAUCUACAAAGGUAGUAAAGACAAAUACGACGUGUGUAAUUAAAAAGUGACGAGACAACUCAUAGAACUACGGAACAGAUUGAACUAAACGAAUGAAAUGACGCGAUUAAACUUAAUGACAAGGUGACUCAAACUGAAGUCCUCAACCAAGUGAACUUGAUGAACUAAAUGAACUAGAUUAGUGAUAUACUUCAUAUAGUACAAAUGGACUAUAUCAUUCUUUAAACUUCAGUGACGUAUUUUGCGCAUGCCUAACUAAACUACAUUUGAAGUCAAAUUAACAUUUGGUGUCGGUGCCAUGCUAAACUAUUUUUAUAUAAACUGAAUAAACGAUUUUUGAAUUUUAUUCUUAGAUAAGAAAAGAUAGAUUUAUAAUGAAAUAAAUUUGACAACAGUGUAUGUAUGUUAAAUUUAGAGAAAUAUGCCAGAAUCGACUCCACUGACUUUAGCGGUCCUUCCACUGAUCGAUGGGUCUAACUAUUAUUCAGUCAUUUUAAUAAAGUUAAAAGAAUAACAAACAUGUUUUUUUUUUGAGAAAAUAUUUAGUAAUAUAGGAGCUACACAAAUUGAUAUAUUAGAUACCGUCCGUUUUACUUACUAUGCUUAAAUCAUCCGAAAUACUGUGUCAUUUAUUAUAUCUUUUUUAAUUGUAAGUACCUAUAAAUUCAAGUUGAAGAACUUUCUGGGUUUUAUUUUGAGGCUCCUUUGCGUCCACUAUGAGACAAGUAGGUAAAACAAAUGUCUAGUAUUAGUAGCACUUCUAAUUGUAUUUUGGGUAUAAAUAUUUUGAUAGACCUCAAACAUAUAUGCUGUUUUUUUGCUACAAAUAGGGUAGUUAAGAAUUUGAUAAUUUGUGAUCAGAAACUUUAGUAAUUUAGAUUUGCACAGCUUUGAAACUAAAUUAUUGAAUUAUUUGGUGUGACGACAUGUCAAAUUAAACAACCUAAGAAAAAUAAUAUUUUAUUAUUAAAUUUGUAUUUUACCGGCCCGCUUCGAUGUGAAACAUCCCUAAGGCUGUGAACGUCAAACGGGUUUACGCGGGGCGACUGACAGUAGCCGUCGCUCUCUUCCCCUGCUUCACUUCCUCAAAUACCUAAACUAUUGCUACUCAUAGCGCUCUAGAGCAAUAUAAGACAUGCCGACAUAUAUGAGUAAAUAUUUUUUUCCCAGUUUGUUUUCUAGGUAUCCGCUAUUUAGUAAAUCUAGUUAGUAAAAGCGACGUCUAGUUAGAUUGAUGGCCUGUUCAGACAAAGAACGUCCGCAGAGGGGAAGUAGUUAUCUUAAACGGUGAUUAACAUUAAUUUACUCCAAAGAAGAUGAUUCACAAAGAUAUUAAGAAAAAGGCUACCGAAACAAAUGUCUGAUUAAAUUUUCAACAUUCUUGUGAGUUGCCCUAUAAAGUUUUAUUCAAUCACAAAGUUUAAUUCAAACGCAUUACAGUACACCGUACAGUGUUCGGUAUUUACUAUUUACUUAUAGCUCCUUAGAUUUAUUUAUAAAACACUUCUUAAGCUCUAAAGCUUAUUUAUUUACUCAGCAUUAAGUAUCAAACGAUUCUCUGUAAAGUAAAUUUGAGAACAGUGACUACUUUUUAUUCUCUUUUAGUCAAUAUAGUCCAGGCAACGAAUAGGUAUAGAGGGAAAUGCUUAGAACACAAUUUUUGACUUCGUAGCUUUGUUAGGACUAGUUAGGAGGUAAACAUAUCAAAAGUCCCCGCCCGUAGCCCUUAAGCCGGGGGGAAGGGGAGGGAUUGGGUCCAAUUUUUAGGUUUUUCGCAUAUAUCUCGGAAACUAUGCAUCCUAGCGACAUAAAAGUGAAAGCUGAUUAAAUUUGCUACAUGUCUUAUUCAGUCAACUUUUUUGAUAUCUUGUAUAGUUUUCGAGAUAUACGCGAUAAAAGUCAGGAAGUAAUUAUUAUGAAUCGAUAGAUCUAUGAAUGGAAAAAAAAAUGCUUCACAUUUUUGCUCUAUUUGACCGGAUAACUCUUCAACAAUGCCGCCCGUAAGGUUGUUGGUUCCACUAGUGAGCAGCAUGCAGAUUUCGGACAAGCCCGCUAAAACAAGGAUGGAGCUGACAUUGCCAAGCUCACCGAUUGGCUUGAGAAAUUUCCUCCCUUCCCAGAGACCAGAGACAUUAUCAAGUCACCAGAAAUCCAGAAAGCAGCAGCGGUCUUUUCACACCCUUUCUCCACCACCGCUCAAGUACAAAAGGUAGGUGAAACCUGCAUCUUAAGGUGGUAUGGAGCUCCAGCGAAAGAGAUUUCCCUCAAUGCCUACAGGUACAAGUCAUUCUUGAAAUCAGUGGCCACCAUCAAGCCUGAUAUCUCUUGUAUUCCUGCCACCGAGGGAGCAGUAAAAUAGCAUUCCCAGGAAGUGGUGGCAAUUUUUUUUCCAUAAUUACAGACUUUCAAGAGCGGAUAUCUCGAAAACUAUACAAGAUAUCAAAAAACUUGACUAAAUAAGACUUGUAGCAAAUUUAAUCAGCUUUCACUUUUGUUAAAGUCUCAUGUCGCUAGGAUGCAUAGUUUCCGAGAUAUAUGCCAAAAACCUAAAAAUGGGACCUUCAAUUCGCUAGUUAUAACUAGCAAACCAGUGAACCAAAUGUUCACCAAAAAAAAAUGUAUUUAAUUAAUUGCGAACUUCGGAGAUUUUGUGUGGUUUCGUUUGAAAUAGAAAUCACGUGAUUUCUCGAAAAACCCGAAGUGCUACGUUACCCACAUCCGGUUUGUAGUCUUAUCAGACUAUUCUUAACUUAUAACUUAAACAUUCUCUAGAUCUAUCUCUUACGGUUUGGCCGCUGAAACAGCACCACGGACGGACGGACGGACGGACGGACUUGAAUAGAUAAGAGAUUUUUACGUUCUUGUGUCCUGUCCGGUCUCUUGGUGUCCUCGGUUGUUCAGGGUACUUUUAAUCUCCUCGUGUGCGUUAACCGAUGCAGUUGUAAGCGAUCUGCUUUGGCGGACAAAAUAGUCCGCGCACAAUUAUCCCUCGUCUGCGCAGGCUAUUAUUAUUACCUAGAAGUAUUGCUUGCUAAGUGAGGGCACUGUAGCACUAGCCAAGUGUCGGAUGACAUCGUCUACAGUAAUGGCGGCACGUCUAAGGAAUUUGAUUGCCCUUAGAUUGGGACAAACUAUUGAGUGCUCACUGGGUGCGGGCGGUGCAAGACUGGCCUUAGUUUUGGAGGAUAUUGUUCGCAGUACCAGUCGUGUCUAAGGACUCUGGCUACCCUUAGGACAAACAAAUGAGUGAAAUUUAUAAUUACCUGGUGCUGCAACUUCCUGAGUGCGGGUGGUGUAGCACUCGCUUCAGUGUCGGAGGAUAUUGUUCGCAGUAGCAGCGGCGUGUCUGAAGAGUCCGCCAAUUCUGAACCCGCCUCGCUCGGCUCCGUACCCUCACCCGCCUGC